CGCAUGGCAAACAUCCGGUUACAAAUUGCUCUCCGUUGUGAACAAACUUCCCUCUGCUCCAUUCUCUCUCCUUCCUUAGGGUUUUUCUGUUCUUAUUCACUCUGACAGGAAGUGAUUUGUAUUGAAUUAAUAGAAUAAAUAGUAAUGGGUGAGAGCGGGAAGCGAUAUCGUCCCCGGAGAGAUUAUGAUGAGGAUGGUAAGAAUCAGAGGAGACGCCCAAAUGAUAAAGAUGAAAAGGGUAGUGAUGAUUUGGUUGUCUAUAGAAUACUUUGCCCAGAUGUUGUCAUUGGAAGCGUUAUUGGUAAAAGUGGUAAAGUUAUAAAUUCAAUAAGGCAAGAAACAAAGGCAAGGGUCAAGGUUGUGGACCCGUUUCAGGGUGCUAAGGAUAGGGUGAUACUAAUUUAUUGCCAUGUUAAGGAUAAGGAAGAUGUUGAAGUUGAUGAUGAGUUCAAUGAUAAACAGCCUUUGUGUUCUGCCCAAGAUGCUCUUCUCAGAGUUCAUGCUGCAAUUGCUAAUGCACUGGCUAAUGCCCCUGAUAAUGAUAAGAAAAGGAAAGAUACGGAGGAAUGUCGAAUACUUGUUCCAUCUAGCCAGUCAGCCAAUAUCAUUGGGAAGGCAGGGAUGACAAUAAAGAAAUUGAGGAGUAAAACAAGGACCAGCAUUAAAGUUACUGCCAAGGAUGCUACUGACCCGUCUCAUUCAUGCGCCAUGGAUUUUGACAAUUUUGUCCUGAUAAGUGGUGAAUCAGAAGCAGUGAAGAAAGCAUUAUUUGCAGUUUCUGCAAUCAUGUACAAGUUUUCUCCCAGGGAAGAGAUUCCUCUUGAGACAACCGUGGCAGAAGCCCCUCCAAGCAUUAUUAUUCCUUCAGAUGUCCCUAUUUAUCCACCAGGUGGAUUGUAUCCAAAUGCAGAGCCUAUCCUCCCUGCUAGAUCCGUACCUUCUAUCUUAGGUAGUACACAUGUACCAGAUCUUCAGGGUUAUGCUGAUUCUGGGAAUACAUGGCCUGUAUAUUCAGCGACCCUUCCUGUAAUUUCUGGUCUUGGUGGUGCUUCUCGAUCUGAGGAGUUAGUCAUAAGAGUCUUGUGUCCCUUUAACAAGAUUGGCCGCGUUAUUGGGAAGGGAGGAGGUACCAUUAAAAGUAUAAGGCAGGGUAGUGGGGCUCAAAUUGAGGUUGAUGACACUAAGGACAAUCGUGAUGAAUGUAUCAUUACAGUCACUGCAGUUGAGUCACCCGAUGAUUUAAAAUCCAUGGCUGUUGAAGCUGUUCUCCUGCUGCAAGCAAAAAUAAAUGAUGAAGAUGAUGAUACUGUUACUAUCCGACUCCUUGUUUCUUCAAAAGUUAUUGGCUGUAUAAUUGGAAAGAGUGGUUCAAUUAUAAAUGAAAUCCGGAAGAGGACCAGAGCUGAUGUCCGUAUUUCUAAAGGGGAAAAACCUAAAUGUGCUGAGGUCAACGAUGAGCUUGUAGAGGUGGUUGGAGAAGUUAGUAGUGUGAGAGAUGCUCUUGUUCAGAUUGUUUUAAGACUUCGGGAUGAUGUCUUGAAAGAUAGGGAUGCUGCCCACAACCCUUCUCUUGGCUCUGAUUCUAUGUACUCAGGUGGCACGGGGCUUUCUGUGCCACCCCUUUUGUCAUCUGUUCCCCCAGUCACUCAGUUGGGUUAUGAUCAGAGGGCUGACACUGGAAGCGGCCUAGGCAUGAUUUCCUCUAGCAGCCUCUAUGGAUAUGGAUCAUUGCCGAUUGGUGACAGUACAUACAGAUCUAUGUCCUCGUUUUCAUCCAAGCUUUAUGGAGGGGUGCCUCCUACCUCAGCUCUUGAGAUAUUGGUCCCUGCUAAUGCAGUCGGUAAAGUGAUGGGCAAAGGAGGGGCCAAUUUAGCCAACAUUCGGAAGAUAUCAGGAGCAAUGAUAGAAAUUUCUGAUUCCAAAACUUCCCGCGGUGAUCGUGUUGCUCUAAUUUCUGGUACUCCUGAGCAGAAACGUUCAGCUGAAAACUUGAUUCAGGCAUUUGUAAUGGCCACAUGAGUUUUGAAGAAACUUGUUAUCUGAAGGUGAAUAGUUAGAAGGUUGGAAUUCUCCGUAAAAUUUAUUUGCACCCAUAGUUCCCUUAGGUUUGAUCUGGGGAGGACUUCAUAUUCUAGGCUACUUCAACUGGAUUCCUGUUUCUUCCAUAAGAGUGCCUAUCAACAUCAUGCUGGAGGAUUUGCUGCUGGUUUAAUAUAUCCAUGGGAGUUAGGUUCCUUCUCUGUUGCUUAAUCUAUUCUUCCCAUGCGGAAUCAUAGAACUUUUUAGGAUCUUUCUAUCCUUGCUUAAUAAUAAGUCAUUAUCUUUGAGUAGUUGGGAGACCAUCAUAUUUCCAGUAUUGUUAUGCUCAGUAAAUUUGAUGUGUUCUCAAGGAAAUGUUUUCUUACCCUUAAUGUCAAACUCAUUAAAUUUGUGUGCUA